AUGAAUGCCCUUUUUAAUCAUGGUAUUAAACAAAAAAAUCAACUUCAGUUGGAUCUAGAAAAGUUUGGAAAAGAUGUUCACGGAUCGCCUAUAUCUUUGCAAGGAUCUAUUUCCGCAACUUUGGUAUCCUUUCAAAAGACAAUCGAACAAUAUGGAGAUCAUCUGAAAAAAUACGAGCAGUCUUUGAUGAAUGGUGACGCUGACGAAGAUGAGGAUGCACAGACUAAGAAAUACGAAAACAGGUUGUCAUCUCUUAAGGAGGCGCAUGGAGAGUUUUCUGCCAGAUUUGCUGAGUUAAAGAAAGAAUUCAAUAGCUCUAAUGCUCGAACUCAGCUUUUUGGCAACACCAAUGGUUAUGCAAUGGAUGGAAUCGAGUCAGUAGUCAACAAACGGAAUGUAGGACAGUCGAGGGAUGGGACCUCGCCGCGUUCUUCCAUGGAAUACAGAGGCUCGGGACUUCCGUUAUAUCAGGGGUUACAAAAGGAGCAGUCCAUAUUUCAACGUGGUAAUACCCAGUUAGAAUUAAUUUUGGAAAUGGGACAUCAAUCCCUUGAUGACCUUGUCGAACAGAAUCAGAUUUUACUCAAGCUACAAGAUAGAAUGUCAAGUACUUUAAGGACUUUGGGUCUCUCAGAAUCGACAAUCCAAAAAAUAAAUAAGCGAGCUUUCAAGGAUAAACUGAUUUUUUACUUUGCUCUGGCCUUAUUGUUGGUGGGAUUUUACUUUGUAAUUAAGUGGUUUAAAUAA